AUGGAUGUCAUGGGUGGGGAUCUGAUGAGCCUGGCCAGGAGUUGUCACGUUCACCCUGUCAUUGGUUUGCACCUCAAUCUUGUAGCCAGGGGGCAAGAAGGUAUUGAAGCCCAUGAUCAGGAAAUCAUUGCAGACCUGAGACUGACUACCAAAUUGCAGCUUCACUGGGUCAAGAUAGGACAGCAGAUCCUCCACUUUGAGCCUUUGAAAUUGCUGUUGUCCCUGCGCUGGUGGAACUGGUGGUGCUGGAUGAGCUUGACUCUGCACCGCCUGGUCUCCAUGGGGCUGCACAGCUAUUGGCUGAUGAUGGCUGCUACAAACCGCUGCUAUGGUGAGCCCAUGACUGCCACCGGAGCCCGCCCGGUGGCACAGCUGAAACCUGAUAGCUGGGUGCAGGAGAAGAUCGAGCAGAAGUAUGACGCCGACCUGGAGAACAAGCUGGUGGACUGGAUCAUCCUGCAGUGUGCCGAGGACAUUGAGCACCCGACCCCGGGCAGGGCCCAUUUUCAGCAGUGGUUAAUGGACGGGACGGUCCUAUGCAAGCUAAUAAACAGUUUAUACCCACCCGGACAAGAACCCAUUGCCAAGAUCUCAGAGUCCAAGAUGGCUUUUAAGCAGAUGGAGCAAAUCUCCCAGUUCCUAAAAGCUGCGGAGAUCUAUGGCGUCAGGACCACCGAUAUUUUUCAGACAGUGGAUUUAUGGGAAGGGAAGGACAUGGCAGCUGUGCAGAGGACUCUGAUGGCUCUUGGUAGUGUUGCAGUCACCAAGGAUGAUGGCUGCUACCGGGGAGAGCCAUCCUGGUUUCACAGGAAAGCCCAGCAGAAUCGGAGAGGAUUUUCAGAGGAGCAGCUUCGCCAGGGACAGAACGUAAUUGGCCUGCAGAUGGGCAGCAACAAGGGCGCCUCCCAGGCGGGCAUGACCGGGUACGGGAUGCCCAGGCAGAUCAUGUAAGACGCUGCAUCCUGCCUCCAGUAGAGAGGACGAACGUUCCACACCAUGGUCUCUAUGACGAAAUAGUUAGUCACCUUCUGACCUUCUCUUUCUCGAAGCCUCCUGUCCCUGGUUCUUGCAAGUGCUGCAUUUCUGCUGAGAAUCCGCGUUGCCUACUGCUGCCACCUUCUGUUCAUUUAGAACUAUGCAAAGACUCCGCUUCCUCUUCCUCAGCUCGUUCUUUGCCCUCAAGUUUCAGUUUGUCUGAUUAUUUAUUUAUUUAUUGGCCAAAAAUAUCCCUCCUCAACUUAUAGAGCGCACCGAAUAAACAAAUUAGUCUUGUGUCUUAAA